UAAUAUAAUUAUUUUUCCUCCUUACUGAUUUGCCUUGCUUCAUCGAGCGAGCGAGUCCAAAAAACAAAAAGCUACAAAUUUUGAUAGUUUGCUUCUUCGAUCUGUGGCCUCAUCUUCUUCUUCUUCUUCCUCUGUCUCAAACAAUUCGCCAUUAGAGAACCCCAAACAAGCACAUUUUUUUGUGUUGUCUUGGGGUUGCUUGCCAAGAGGGGAUAAGACUUUCCCACAUUUUCAUAUGUUUUAAAAUGUUGGUCUUCUGAGUUGGGUUUUCAUGGGUUGAACUUAAUAGUAUAAUGGAUAGCUUCAGUGAAGAUGAUGAAAAUAGAUAUUUUGAUGCCCAAGAAGAGAUUGCUUCUAUUUCUGAUGCAAAUUCUGACAGCUUUGAUUCUAGUUCACAUUCCAAAAACUGGGCUUUGGAUAAUUCACUCUAUGAUGUUUGGAACAGGAGCCCUGGAAGUGUUAGGGAGCGUAGGAAUAGUUUUUUCAAGUGGAUGGGGCUUGAUUCCAACCAAGUUGGGAUGCUUCAACUUUCAGAAACAGAGAUUGACAGAGUGUGUGAGGAGAGUGAGGCUGUGUUGAGAUGUUCAGGUAUUGAGAAUGAGUUCUAUUCGAGUCGAUCUAUGAUGUCGUGUGGAUCUUGUACUAGCUAUAAUUUUUUGGAUAGGUCUGGUUCAAAGGAUGAGUUUGUUUGCAGAAAUGGAAGUUUUGGUGGUGCAAUGGAGUGUAAUGUGGAGGAAGUGGGGGAGUAUGAGAAGAGGAGUGAAUGUGGGGAAGUUGAAUUCGGGCGGUUGGUUUCAACUGCUGAAUCUUGGAGCUGCUCUGGCUCAUCUCCUAAUUUGUCACAAAAGAUGAGGGAUUUAAGCAUUUUCGAGGGAACAGCGAAGAGGGUUAAAAGUAUGUGGUUGAAUAAAUUAAGAUCCAUGACUUGCAUUGUUGACAGACAAGGAGAUGCUGAUAAAUUGAGACCAAAUGAUAUCGAUGCAUAUCUACCGUCAAGGGCUCAAAGAGUCAAGGUUCGCCAAUGCAGCAAGCAAUCAAAGGAACUUUCUGCUCUUUAUUUGGGGCAAGAUAUUCAAGCCCAUGAAGGUUCUAUUUUGACUAUGAAAUUUAGUCCUGAUGGAAAGUACCUUGCUAGUGCUGGUGAAGACGGGGUUGUAAAAGUAUGGCAAGUGGUAGAAGGUGAAAGAUCCAAUGAGAUUGACAUUCCAGAAUUGGACCCCUCCUGCUUGUACUUCACAAUGAACCAUAUGUCAGAAGUGAAACCACUUAAAGUGGAUAAAGAUAAAAUGGGCAGAUCAGCAAGCUUGAGGAAGACAUCAGACUCAGCUUGUGUUAUUUUUCCGCCUAAAGUUUUUCGAAUAUUGGAACAACCAUUGCACAAGUUUGAGGGUCACAUGGGGGAGAUCUUGGACCUUUCCUGGUCAAAGAAUAAUUAUCUCUUGUCAUCGUCUGUUGACAAAACCGUCCGAUUAUGGCAAGUGGGCUGUCAUUCAUGCCUCAAAGUUUUUUCGCAUAGUAAUUAUGUGACCUGUGUCCAAUUUAAUCCUAUGGAUGAUGAUUACUUCAUCAGUGGUUCAAUAGACGGGAAAGUUCGUAUCUGGGGAAUUUCUCAAUGUCAAGUUGUUGAUUGGACUGACAUAAGGGAAAUAGUCACUGCAGUGUGUUACCAACCUGAUGGGAAGGGUGGAAUUGUUGGCUCAAUUGCUGGGAUUUGUCGCUUUUACAACAUCUCAGAUAAUCAAUUACAUUUGGAAUCUCAAAUAUGCUUGAGCAGCAAAAAAAAGUCAGCUUCCAGAAAGAUAACAGGCUUUCAGUUUUCUCCGCAAGAUUCUAGAUUAGUCAUGGUCACUAGUGCUGAUUCACAAGUCAGAGUUCUUCGGGGGGUCAAUGUGGUCGGAAAGUAUCGUGGGCCACGCAAUUCGGGAAACCAAAUAUCUGCAUGUUUCACAUCAGAUGGAAAGCGUAUAGUCUCGUCGUGUGAAGACUCCAAUGUAUAUGUAUGGAACUGUGUUAAACAGGAAGAAACUGUUCUCUCUCAAACGAAAAAAGUUAGGUCUUGUGAGCGGUUUUUUUCCAAUGCAUCUGUUGCAAUACCAUGGUCUGGUUUUAAAGGUGGAAACUCAGACAGAGGAAGUCCAUUUCACAUUGUGGAUAAGUGUGUUUACGAAACUCCAUUGAUUUCUUCACUAGAAAGUUUUUCGUUAAGUCAAGAAUUCUUCUUGGAGUCUUUUCCCAAGGCAUCUGCAACUUGGCCCGAGGAAAAGCUUCCAAUGUCAAACCAGGCCAUAGAAUCUGCAAUGCACAAGUCUCAACUGAAGUUUCUCAAAGCUUCUUGCAAGAACAGAUUUAGUUCUCAUGCAUGGGGUAUGGUAAUUGUUACUGCAAGUUGGGACGGUCGUAUCAAGGCAUUUCACAAUUAUGGUUUACCAAUUCAUCAUUGACAUUUUUUCGGGUUUGGCAUGGCUUUAAGAUAUUCCUUUACUCUUCAUCGGGUACAUCACCAUCGAUCGGUGGCUUUCUUUCGCUAGCUAGUGCUUCAAACAUCAUGUACAAAGGAUUGAAAAUUGAUUUUUGGGCAGCAUCAAUAGCCAAAGAAAGAUUUCUUUAGUACCCCAUUAUAGUAGGCAGCAGGCAUGUGCAGUGUGUAGAAAAAUCUUGAGAAUUUCGGGUUAUGUCUUUUUUUUCCUUCUCCAAUGGGGUCCCUUCUCAGAUUUCUCUAUUGCCAAAGGUCAAAUUAAGUCAUGGCAAGUGUCAAAAAUGGCAUGGUUUGUUAAUCCAUCUCUGUAUCAGCAAGUGGCUGAGGUUAGUUCUUCUGGAUAAUCAACCAACUUUAUGAUGAAAACUUUUUAUUUGCCAGUUGAAUGAAUGAAUGAUGGAUUUUCAUUUCGAUUAUCACCGCGCUCGGAGCCCACAAAGAAUUAGACUUAAAGUGUUUUGCUUGGGCAGUAGUAUUGAUGCAGGGCAGCAGUAGGGCCUUGUAGAAAACUCUUUCUUUUGUUCUCUUAAAGAUGAGAUGGAAUCCAAGCUGGUGGUAGGAGUUUCUUUGAGAAGAAAUGGUGGGGAACUUUGGCCAUUACCUAAUGUUGGCUGGUCUGAAUGAUUAAUAUGUUUGUCUGCCAUUUCUGACCACUCUUCAUGGUGGGACCUGAGCUACACAACAUCAAGUUUUGGCUCUGAAGCUAUGUAAGGAUGUCAUAUCCAUCUCUCUCUCACUCUCUCUCAUGGCUUCUUUAAAAACUCAUUUGGCCAUUUUUCACUGAGAAAACUUCUAGUUUUCAGAGCAAUUAACUGCUACUGCUGCAUAUAUCCAUCCAUGGCUGACCUUUGCUCUUUUACCUUUAGAUCAUUAUUGCCUAACAUAUGUAUCUACUCAGUUAUAGGUUUAGUCUAACAUCAACCACUUCUUAUGGUUUUUUGUUUUUUUUUUUAAUAAAUAGAUAGAAAAAGCAUAUAUUAUAUGAUGGAGAUUUGUAAUUGUAAUUUCUGGGGAGUAAAAUAAAAUAUCUCAUUUAGCUUUUA